AUGGAGCAGUUAGAGAAGAUUAAUUUUCGCUGCAAACCGACUUUCCGAGAAGGAGGCUCCAGAUCUCCAAGAGAAAACUUUGUCCGACACCACUGGGUGCACAGGCGGAGGCAGGAGGGGAAGUGUAAGCAGUGUGGAAAGGGCUUUCAGCAGAAAUUCUCCUUCCAUAGUAAAGAGAUUGUGGCCAUCAGUUGUUCCUGGUGCAAGCUGGCGUUUCAUAACAAAGUCACCUGUUUCAUGCUACAUCACAUUGAGGAGCCGUGUUCCCUGGGGGCUCACGCUGCUGUCAUUGUGCCUCCCACUUGGAUCAUUAAGGUGAAGAAACCUCAGGUGGUCUCCGUACCAGGAGACGAGCCUGAUUGGGCAGGAGACUGGAGCCCCGAAGGGGAAACGGGCGUCUCCUACCCCUAUUGGGAGGGUUGGCAGAACUCAUUAAAGACUUCAACACGGCGAAAGAAGAGAACAUCUUUUAAAAGAAAAGCUAGCAAAAGAGGCAAUGAAGAUAACAAAGGUCGGCCAUUUGUGAUAAAGCCUAUCUCUUCUCCACUCAUGAAGCCGCUGCUGGUUUUUGUGAAUCCCAAAAGUGGAGGGAAUCAGGGCACCAAGGUUCUCCAAAUGUUUAUGUGGUAUUUGAAUCCACGGCAGGUCUUUGAUCUCUCUCAGGAAGGGCCAAGAGAUGCGCUGGAGCUGUACAGAAAAGUGCCAAAUCUGCGGAUCCUGGCCUGCGGUGGGGAUGGGACGGUGGGCUGGAUCCUCUCCAUCCUCGACGAGCUGCAGCUCAGCCCCCCGCCUCCUGUGGCUGUCCUUCCGCUUGGCACUGGGAAUGACCUUGCCCGCACCCUCAACUGGGGUGGGGGUUACACAGAUGAGCCAGUGUCCAAGAUCCUGUGCCAUGUAGAAGAUGGGACCAUUGUCCAGCUGGACCGCUGGAAUCUCCAGGUUGAGCGCAACCCUGAUUUGCCACAGGAUGAGCUGGAAGAUGGGGCACGUAAGCUUCCACUCAGUGUCUUCAAUAAUUACUUCAGCCUUGGAUUUGAUGCACAUGUUACACUGGAGUUCCAUGAAUCUAGAGAAGCAAAUCCAGAGAAAUUCAACAGCCGAUUUAGAAAUAAAAUGUUUUAUGCAGGGGCAGCCUUUACAGACUUUCUGCAAAGAAGCUCAAGAGAUUUAUCCAAGCAUGUUAAAGUUGUGUGUGAUGGUACAGACCUGACUCCAAAGAUCCAGGAGCUGAAGUUCCAGUGUAUAGUGUUUUUAAACAUACCCAGGUAUUGUGCUGGCACAAUGCCCUGGGGAAAUCCUGGAGAUCACAGAGACUUUGAGCCUCAACGUCAUGAUGAUGGCUACAUUGAAGUCAUUGGGUUCACCAUGGCCUCGCUGGCUGCUCUCCAAGUGGGUGGUCACGGAGAGAGGUUACAUCAGUGCCGUGAGGUGACACUUUUAACAUACAAGUCUAUUCCCAUGCAAGUGGAUGGUGAACCAUGUCGAUUGGCUCCCUCACUCAUUCGAAUCUCCUUGAGGAACCAAGCCAACAUGGUGCAGAAGAGCAAGAGGAGAACAUCCAUGCCUUUGCUGAAUGAUCCUCAUUCCAUCCCAGAUCGCCUGCGCAUCAGAGUGAACAGGAUUAAUUUACAGGAAUAUGAGGGGCUACAUUACGACAAGGAAAAACUCCGGGAAGCUUCCAUUCCCUUAGGAAUUAUAGUUGUACGAGGAGAUUGUGACUUGGAGACCUGUCGUAUGUACAUUGACCGUCUACAAGAGGACCUACAGUCGGUAACUUCUACUACACAGAGAGUUCAUUACCAGGACCAAGAAAGCUCUUUCCCUAGAGUACUUUCUGUUCAGAGGCUCUCUCCUAGAUGGUGCUUCCUAGAUGCAACUUCUGCUGAUCGUUUUUACCGCAUUGACAGAUCUCAGGAACAUUUGCACUUUGUGACGGAAAUUUCGCAGGACGAGAUUUUUAUUCUGGACCCAGAGCUGGUAAUGUCACAGCAGGUGGGGACACCACCGGGAAUGCCUGAUCUGGUAGUGGAGCAGGCCUCUGGAAUAUCAGAUCGGUGGAACCCAGCGGUUCGAAAGAGGAUGCUGAGCGACAGUGGCCUUGGCAAGAUUUCCCCACACUACGAGGUACCUGACAAACAAAAGGACGCCAGCCAGACACAUAUGCUGCAGUCACCGGUCUCUUCAGAAGAUCAAGCACUUUUACAGGCAGUCAUAGCUGGUGACCUGCUGAAGUUCAUAGAAUGCUGCAAAAAAGGAGCCAAUUUGUUAAUCCAAGGACCUGAUCACUGCUCUUUGUUACACCAUGCUGCCAAGACUGGACAUAGCGAGAUUGUGAAAUACAUCCUGGAGCAUGGUCCGUCUGAAUUACUGGACAUGACAGACAGUGAAACGGGCGAGACAGCACUACAUAAGGCAGCCUGCCAGCGCCAUCGUGCCGUCUGCCAGAUCCUGGUGGAUGCAGGAGCCUCUCUGAGAAAGACGGACUCCAAGGGUAAGACACCUCGCGACAGGGCUCAGCAAGCUGGUGACCCAGAUCUGGCCUCCUACUUGGAGAGUAGACAAAACUACCAAAUGGUUUCCCACGAGGAUCUGGAGACAGCAGUCUGAUGUCUGAAAACAUCGAAGAGGAUCCUUGGAAAACGCAAGGCUGCACCUGAGGCGCUUGGGCAUCGUGUGAGGAAGAAGCUGAUGGAAUCAACGUGUCUUUCAAUCUCGUGAAAAAUACCUGAGGACAUGCCGCCAGUUUCUAAGGGCUACUGAGUCUUGCCACGGAACGGUUAGGUUCCAUAAGUUAGCCCAUGAUGGAUGAGGCGGGACACUCAAAGGUCUGUGGAAUCCAUGGGCCAUGGAAACUUACCUUUAUUGCUUCCAGCAAGUAGCAUGAACUUCUCUCAUGUUCAUCUGUACAAUUUAUUAAAAAAAAAAAAAGGAAAGAGAAAAGAAGGUGUGGGGGAACCAAACUAACUGGGACAUUAAAACACCCAACCAGGCCGUCCUCCUGCAUUCCUUUUAUUCUCCCAUUCUCCUCACUUCUCAUCAGUUAAAUAGUACCUGUUAUCUCUGUGUUAAGUCUUCAAAAAUGGUCAGG